ACCUGAGUGAGGCAACUGGAACUCCUACUUGCACUCAGUCUGUGUAUGUGGUUAGCUCUUGCUGGAUGCUUAGGCUGGUAAUUGUUUAAGGCACAUACAUCAUGACAUUCCAGAUACUGAAUCGUUCACUUGUAUUAUUGUGGGUUUUCUCCAAAGUCUAUUUCUAUGAACUAAACUGGCACAAACAAAUGAACUUGAAGUGACCUCUGACUCCUCCAAGACACACACCAAUUUUUCAGCACAAGUGCAACAUGAAAAGGGGAGGUGGGUGAGAAAAGGAGGAAGAAAAACCCAGAAGUGAAUAUGACUGAGAGCUCAGGAGAUGUGCUUUAAGGAUGUGCUUGCCUUUUGUUUCUUCUUUUCCUGCCCCACCCUGAGCAAAACCACCACUGUAUUUGCUGCUGAAUCAGAUACCAAAGUGCCUAUCUGAACCAGAUGUUGAAGCUCCUCCUAGACCAGGCGUAGUUCUCCUGAACUUAUUUGCUGCUCAGGAUGUUACUAAACUUUCUUCCUUUGUGGGCAAGGAGCAUAAUGACAUAGAUAAUUUGUAAAGAUAUGGCAGCGUUUGAGCUCAGGCUCUGAGAGAGUAACCUUUCUGGUUGGUGGGUCCAGGUCCAGCCUGCAGGAUGAUCUCAGUAUUCACAGAAUCAUGGAAUGGUUUGAGUUGCAAGUUCCAGCUCCCUGCCAUGAACUGCUUGUCAUCCACCAGAUGAGAAGGAGCCAGGUCAACCCGGUAGCCAUGGAAAGGUCUGCAACUUCUGACAUGGCCUCUGAAAAGUCAAAUCCUUCCCACAGUACAGGAGCUGUUCAAAUGAGGAUCAAAAAUGCCAACAGUCACCAUGACAGACUAAGCCAAAGCAAAUCUAUGAUUCUGUCUGAGAAUGUGAAAGUCCUUGAGCCUAUAAAUCGUCACAGAAGAAAUCAUUCCCAACAUAACUUAACACUUGCAGACAUCAUUAGUACACCAGACCACACGGUGGUGGAGAAAGAAGGAUAUCUUCUAAAAGCUAAAAUAGCAGACGGUGGCAAGAAAUUAAGGAAAAACUGGUCCACAUCUUGGAUUGUUCUUACUUCACGGAAAAUGGAAUUCUACAAAGAAUCUAAACAGCCAGCGCUGGCCAAUCUGAAACCGGGAUAUAAACCUGAGUGUGUGGAUUUGUGUGGUGCUCACAUUGAGUGGACUCCAGAGAAAUCCAGCAGAAAGAAUGUCUUUCAGAUCACGACAGUAUCAGGAAAUGAGUUCCUCCUCCAGUCGGAUAUCGACUUUCUCAUAUUGGAUUGGUUCCAUGCUAUCAAAAAUGCAAUUGACAGAUUGCCAAAAGAACGGAGUUGUACAUCGAGAAAUUUGGAGUUCAAACUCAGAAGAUCCUCCAGCACUGAAUUACUGAAUAGCUUAGACACUGAAUCCAAAGAAUCAAAGCCUGAACACAGAAAAUCUUUAAUUUUCAGGCUGAACUACAGUGCUUCUGACUCAAAUGACAGAAACCGAGUUAAAAGCAGAUUAAAGAAGUUUAUCUCCCGAAGACCAUCCUUGAAAACGUUGCAAGAAAAAGGACUGAUUAAAGAUCAAAUUUUUGGCUCCCAUUUGCACUUGGUAUGUGAACAUGAGAAUUCUACGGUCCCCCGGUUUGUGAGACAGUGUAUAAAAGCAGUUGAAAAAAGAGGUCUAGAAGUUGAUGGAAUAUACAGAGUUAGCGGCAAUCUGGCAACAAUACAGAAGUUACGAUUUGUUGUCAAUCAGGAAGAGAAGCUGAAUUUGGACGACAGCCAGUGGGAGGACAUCCACGUUGUCACCGGAGCACUCAAGAUGUUUUUCAGAGAGCUGCCUGAGCCGCUGUUCCCAUACUGCUUCUUUGAACAGUUUGUGGAGGCGAUAAAAAUCCAAGACAAUGCCACACGCAUAAAAGCCGUAAAGACCCUGGUGAAAAAGCUCCCUAGGCCAAACUAUGACACAAUGGAAGUCCUCUUUGAGCAUCUAAAGAAGAUAGCAGCCAAGGAAUCCGUGAAUCUUAUGUCAACACAAAGCUUAGGAAUUGUGUUUGGACCAACACUCCUUAGACCUGAAAAGGAGACAGGGAACAUGGCAGUCCACAUGCUGUACCAAAAUCAGAUAGUUGAACUUAUGCUGAGUGAGUACAGCAAGAUCUUCGGCUCUGAGGAAGACUGACAGACAGGGCCUGUUAUUGAAAACGUUCACAUCUGUCUUGAUGUCUAAUAUUUUUACAUUUCUGUAAACAUAUUUCUGAAAUAUUUCUUUUUCUUUCAAGUGACAGAUGCCUCGUUUUGUGAAAACUUAAUGAUGAUUUUGUGUUUAAUUUUCAAACAUUGGAAUAAAAAAUAUUGUCAACAUUUGCCUAUAUGUAUUCCGCAUUAACCCUUUGAGAGUUUCAUUAUGCUAGCACUCCAAGUGUCAGUUUUUUGCAAGCUGAGCAUACAGCAUAUGGCCAAGGACCAUAGAAAAUGCUGUUUACCAACAUAUGCAAUGGCACAGAAAGACAAAGAGUAAUUGAGGAGAUUGGUGGGAAAUGGAAUAAAUAUGUAUAUCAAACACAACAAAUUUAAACAGAUACCGCAUAGUUUAUAGGGAUUUUGAGUAUAAUUUACCUUUCCCUUUGAUAUGGAUUGAAAGUUAAAUACAUGAUGAAUUAUCAAGUCCCCAAACUGAAAAAAGGAUUGAAUCUAUUACAUUUAAACAAAUUACUAAAAAAAGAAAAAGCCAACAAAACACAGUCUCAUUAUUUGCAUUGCAGUGCCUCACAAAAAUAAAACUGAAAUUGGAACUUUGGCGUUUUUACUUCAGUGCAGUACAUGAAAUGAAGACAUUGCAUGACUGCUCAUUUUAAUGUAACAUCCAUUUUGAUUCUUCAUCACACUGUACAUCUGCCCGCUUUCCCCAGCUAUCUCAUGUUCUGUAGCAUUUGUAUUGUGCUCCUGAGGAUGCUUUAUUGGUGAACUACAUUAAAUUCAUCUAGAAAGACCUUUAAAAAAAAGCCUUUUCAUAUGCCCUUAGGAUUACUUGGCUAGACUUGAAUCAAUUUAUGCAUUUGAUGGUUAGUUUCAGUUGUCAUGGAUAAACAAAAGGGUAACUGUCUAGAAUAUAUCAAAUAUUGUUUCAUUUUGAAAUGUAUGUUUCCAGCUAUACACAUCUCCUACCCUGUUUUGUAAAAGUAUUCUGCUGAUAAAAUGUAGACUUAUGUUUGACAGCUUUUUAAUCAAGUUCAAAGAGAAUAAAUAAAACUAAUCCAGUGUGGUAAAGAG